CACCACCCAUGUGCCCCUUCUUCCUGUCUCCACCACUUCCUGCUUCUCAAUCAUUAGUACCCCCUACCCCCCGCCCCCUCUACCUAUUUGCUUUCCAUUGUUGCAUCUCUUAUCUCUUCCUACCACCACUCUUUCUAACUCAAAAUAUUAUUUUUAUUACACACUUGUUGUUUUUCCUCCACAUUAGUCCUUCAUUAGUACUUGAUUUUCAAAUAUUUGUUGGGGUUGCUCAUUUUAGUUCUCUAUUUGCUCCUACUACUACACCCUACACCUACUUGCCUUCCAUUGUUGCAUUUCUUAUCCUUAGUUCCUCAAAAUUAUUUUUUACAUGUUUUUUUUCUCUUUGUUGGGGUUGAGAAAUACCACAUUCGUCCUCCACCACUACUCUAUUUGGACUUGAUUUUUACAUACUUGCUGGGUUUUCCUUUGUUAGGGUUGCGUAAUUUCAGUUCUAUUUGGCCAUAAAUCCCCACAUUAGUCCUCCACCACCACCCUAUUUGAACUUGAUUUUCAAAUAUCUGCUGCUUUUUCUUUGUUUGGGGUUUGCUUAAUUCAGCUCUAGUUGCCCAGAAGUCCCAAUCAGAAUUUUCUUGCUACUUAGAGAGCUUUUCUUUUUACUACGUAAGUGAUGAAAUUGAAGCUCCUUUCUGGUUUCCAAAUAGUUGCUGCUUUUUCUUUGUUGGGGUUUGCUUAAUUCAGCUCUAUUUGCCCUUAAGUCCCACAUUAGGAGUUCUCUUGGUACUUAAGAGCUUUUUUUGGUUACAUAAGUGGUGAAAUUGGAGAUCCUUUCUUGAUUUGGCAACCAUUUUUACCUACUCGUUGUUUUUCCUUUGUGUUGUUUGCUCAAUUCAGCUUUAUUUGCUCAUAAAUCCCACAUUAGUCUCCACCACCACCUUAUUUCAACUUGGGUUUUCAAGUAAACUCUCCAAUUUUCUACAGUUGCUAUUACUGUUGCUUCUUCAUUGUUGGGAAAGUACAAAUUGGUGUUGUCGAACUAGUUAUUGUGCUUCUAUGUCGACGUCUGCAGAAGGAAACGGAGCUAUAAUUGAUCCUCAGAGACAGCAACAGCAGCAGCCUUCUGGGGUUGGUACAAAUGGUGCUUUAGCAGUGAAAAAGCCGCCAGUGAAAGACCGUCAUAGUAAAGUUGAUGGUAGAGGAAGACGUAUAAGGAUGCCAAUUGUGUGUGCUGCCAGAGUUUUUCAGCUUACUCGUGAAUUGGGUCACAAGUCUGAUGGACAAACAAUAGAGUGGCUGCUUCGUCAAGCUGAACCUUCUAUUAUUGCUGCUACUGGAACUGGUACUAUUCCUGCAAGUUUCUCUACUGUAUCUGUUUCAGUAAGGAACUCAUCGACGGGUAUUAGUUCGUCUCUUUCAGCUCCACUCGAUCAGAAGUCACAGCAGCAACAGCAGUUGAUACCUGCCCCCUUUAUACUGGGGAAGCGGCUCAGGUCGGAUGAGGAGAAUCUUGAACAUGGAAACAAGGAUGAUGUGGGUGCUGGUGCUGGAACAGCUACUGCUUCUGUGGGUCCCACAGCAGGGUUCUGGGCUGUUCCAGCUAGGCCGGAUUUUGGCCAAAUUUGGAGCUUUGCAGCCGCGGCGCCACCAGAAAUGAUGGCGCCGACUUCAGCAGCGGCUGCAGCCGCCGCCGCUGCGUUGAGUUCACAGAGUUCAAGAUUCUUUCAGCAGCAGAUGGGAGAGGCUUCAGCAGCUAGAGUUGGGAACUAUUUACCUAUGACUCAAGGGCAUCUCAAUUUGCUAGCUUCUCUAUCAGGACCUCCACAGCCUUCUUCAGGGAGAAGAGAUGAUGACGGGCGCUGAAGAUAUGAAUAAUAUUAUUAUUGUUGUUAAUAUUAUCGUGUAAAUGUGUCUUAAUGUUCUUGUUUGUUCUUGUUGUGUUAGAUGAGAAACUGUUGUUAGGUUCUAGUGAGUGAGAAAUGAACUAGGGACUUUGUGCAAUUUCAUGAAUUAUUGCUAGGAUUAGGUUUGUUUGGUUUAUCUCAUUUGUCAGAGUUUACGUUCACCAAGUUUUUGGUGUUGUAAGCUGUGGGAAGAUAACGAGAAACACAAGUAUCAGGGGAAGUUGCUUGUGAUGAAUUUGGUGAGGUUUCGAGCCUCAUAAUAAGCUGCUUUGAUCGCUUUGUAACAAGAGAUAAUAGGGAUCAGUGUGGACUAUGAAAACCUGUAGUUCCACACAAAUGUUUUGUAAGGGAACCAUGGCGGUUUCCAUUGAAUUCAAUUCUGUAAUUUGUUGAAACUAUAUCAGUUGUGAGCUAGACUUUCCUACUCA